AUGUGGAAAAAUCUUCAGGUGCUCUUCUCCUUUCCUUUCUGCCAUCAGAAUAAACUUUAUGUCCUUCGGGUCAGACCUGUUGGGACCUGGUGGCACACCCUCCCCUUCCUCAUGGGCUCCAAACUUCAUCUUUUCAGUGACUGCAAUGGCAGCCCCCCUGGCUCGCCUUCAUCAUUCUAGACAUCCAGGUUCCCGAGGCAAGAGCGCAGCACCAGUCGCCAGCGCUCCCGAGGCUCCCCUCCGAGCACCUGCGUGCCCUACAAGGUCCACCCGGCACUCGCCAUGGCAACCUCCGGGUGCCUGGCUACGAGCCAUGCCAGCCACGUGUGGGAGCAGCUGCGGCAGUUUUGGGCCGAUCACAUCUCGCGGCGCUUCUUGCCACGGCGGCCGCCACUGCGCCGCAUCUCCUCCCUGUCCACUUUCUACCUGCUGAAUUACAGCACGCGCCAGGCCGAGCUGGGCCUCGACUACGGAGCGCCACGCAUGCGCCUCGGCAACCAAGCCUUCGAGUUCCGCGGCGGCCGGUGGACAACGGAGGGCCAGUUGGCGCCGACCGUCUCGGGCUGGAAAGCGCAGGUGCAGCGGACCACGAGCCAGGUGUUGCUGAAGGAGAACAACUACCUGAAACUGCAGCAGGAAGUGCUCAUGGACAUGCUGACUGAGACCACGGCGCGCAUGCACCUGCUGGAGAAGAAGCUCAACUUCGAGGUGACUCCGGCUGCUGCGGCGCACGCCCAACAGAGGAAGAUGCGCAAGCGCGCAGGCGCCAGCCGGGGCGUGCUCAUGAUCCAGCCUUGCGUUCUGGACUCGCAGUGACGUAAUAAAGGGCGCGCUGCGCAUGC